AUGUCCGAAUACAUCAGCAUAGUAUGGCACGUACGAAAGUUCAAAAGAGUCCGACCUGCCUUGUACGCCCAGAUCGCCGUGCACUCCGUCGCGACCUCGAUAUACCUUGGCGUGUCGUUCCUCCUGCAACACGGCCACAACCGCGUCUUCAUCGCCUGGUACAUCGUCUGCGCGGCCGAGACCCAUCUAAUGAGCCGGAUGAGCCUGCUGACCAUCAUCAUCCUCGGCGACGGCAUCGUCGUCCUGGCCGACAAGGUGAAGGUUGUGGUUCAACGAAGCACUAACAGCAUUCCUCACCUCGCCAUGGUCCUCUUCAUGCAGGGCUUCACCCAGUUCGUCGUCUGGUCCGAGAUUGUUAACGUCCUCAACCACAUCCACACCGACUGGAUGACCGCCGCAUUCUCCGCCGGCACCAGCGCCGCCCAUCCGUCCCUCAUCGAGACCGUCAACGCCGCACUGGACAAUAUCACCGCCGUCCCGGACUCCUCCUGGCCGCAGAUGGCUAGGUAUUUCACCACCUUUGCCGACGUGCAUCUACCCGCGGAUAACACCACCGAGCUCGUUUUCGACAUCUUCUCGGCCCUCCUCGCCACCAUGCAUAACAGCCUCUUUGCCACGUUUGACGUCCAUCUCAAGCAGGAGUCUAUCGAGGAGGGCAGGUACAGGGAUGUGACUUUUGGUACACUGGGCGGUGGGUUUGAGACGACGAUAAACAUGGACGCUUGGGACCGGUUGCGGCUCGUGUUUGUCUACGGCUACGUUGCGUCCGGGGCGUGUCUCGCCUCCAUGACCCUCCUGACGAUAGUCUCACGCAUGACGCCCUGGACGCCGUGGCCAGUCGUCCGAGCCACGGUCUACCUUUUGCUCGCGCUUGGCCUUGCGCUCCUUACUGCCGUCCGAGUGGAUGAGGACGCAACGGAUGGAUUCCUCUUCAGCCCCUGGCUGUUGCCGACAAUCUGCCUGGUGUGGCUUGUUGUGCUGCUUUUGACGCAUUCGCAUUCGGUGCCGCCGCUGUUUUUCAAACGCAGGCCCAUACUUGCCAUUCGACGGAGAAAGGAGUGUGAUGAUGCCGACUUUUAG